UGUGUGCGCGCAAAAGUUUCACUUCCAUGGAAUCUCCCUUCAAGCCAGAUAUACUGAAAGGAAAGGUUGCAUUGCUGACUGGUGGUGGAUCAGGUAUUGGAUAUGAGAUAGCAGCACAGCUGGGGAAACAUGGUGCCUCAGUUGCCAUCAUGGGCCGACGCAAGAACGUCCUCGACUCUGCUGUAUCUGUUCUUCGUUUUCUGGGUAUUCAGGUAGGUUACAUCACAAUGCUUGAACUUGAUCAUUGGAUCAGGCUUCAAUGUUGGGCAUAGUGACUCAUCAAGAACUUUUGCCAAACGAUACUGCUACAACAGUGCACACGCAUCUUGAUCCAACGGUGCAGACGCUGAAGUCGGCUAUUGGGCUUGAAGGAGAUGUUCGUAAACAAGAUGAUGCAGUCAGAGUUCUAGAAACAACAAUUAAGCAUUUUGGCAAGCUUGAUAUUCUAGUGAAUGCUGCAGCUGGCAAUUUCCUUGUUCCAGCAGAGAAUUUGUCCCCUAACGGCUUUCGUACAGUGAUGGAUAUAGAUUCCGUUGGCACUUUUACUAUGAGCCGUGAAGCACUUCAGUAUCUUAGGAAAGGUGGCCUUGGGAAGGACCCAUCUAGUGGUGGAAUUAUUAUAAACAUAAGUGCAACUUUGCAUUAUACAGCAACUUGGUAUCAAGUACAUGUUUCUGCUGCCAAGGCCGCUGUUGAUAGCCUAACAAGGAGCUUGGCUUUGGAGUGGGGAACAGAUUACGAUAUCAGAGUCAACGGGAUUGCACCAGGGCCUAUUGAAGACACCACUGGUUAUAGCAAACUUGCACCGGAGGAGGUAAGAAGCAAAUCAAGAGAAAAUGAUCCUCUAUAUAAAGUGGGAGAAAAAUGGGACAUUGCUAUGGCUGCUCUCUACCUGGCAUCAGAUGCUGGUCGGUAA